GAGCUGUUGGCGUUCUUUCAAAAGAUGACUGAAAGUCGUUUUCCGACUGAUAAAAGAAUUGUUUACAUCUCUCCUAAAGAGCUUUCCAGUCUGCCAACAGAUGGACCGAUUUAUGUACUAUCAGCUGCAGAAAACCCAGAAGUCAACCAUUCAGCAAGUUGUAGUUCAACUGAACUUGGUGCAUCUAGCCAGGAUUCAUCUUCGAUCACUUGUUCAACGUUUGGUUCGACUUCAACUUCAUCUACCAACAGUUCAAAUUAUUUUAAUAACACAUUAGUUCCAUAUUCAUUCCCUUAUCAUGCUAACAUUCCAUAUCCUACCCCUGUGGUUUCAACAAACUUAAUUCUUCCUUAUGGAUUCUGCCCUCCUUUUCAACUUCCACCUUUUGUCGGUUCACAACCAGUUUCAUGGGUAGCACCUGCUUUCCCAAACCACACUUUAUAUCCACCAAGUACCAAUUUAUUCCCAGAAUCUGCUCAGUACAUUCACCCCUACCAAAAUCUACCUACUUUCAUACCGAAUGUCCCACCAAAUUCAUUCUUUCAAACAUUCAAUCCGCACAAACCACCUCCGUCUUUCAGUUUACCUCAGGUAACUUCGAAGUCCAGCAACGCCGUUCUCAUUCAUAAUUCUGCUGCAGAUGUUACUAUUAAUAAUACCGUUACAUGUGUCGCGAGUACUAUGAAUACCAACAAUACCAAACAUUCUUGUUCAUUCAAUCGAUCAAACGAAGAAAAUGGAUUUUCAGAACCGAAUAACUCUAAAAGUGAAUCAACGUCAUCAAAACAAUCGCAUCCUCUACGAUAUACCAAACUGAUCUACGCUUCGGAACUUGAUUACUUUGCUUUUGACAGUAGUACUGGAUCGUAUGUAGCUACACGUCAACUUAUUGAUUUGGAAGAUCGAUUUGAAAAUGAGGUGAUUGCUCGACGUCAUCGCGCUACUUUAAAUGAUCCAGUAAGACAGCCUCCUGAACGUCCUGCAUUGUCGGAUACUGAGCAUCGACGUAAUUCCCGUGCUUCACAUCUUCAUCGUUCGAAAAAGUCGACCCACAAAUGUGAUACAGUGAAUUCAAUGUUUGACAAUAAUUCCGAUAAUGAUGAUGGAUACUUGGCGGCUAUCGGUGAUAACGCAGAAACUUCAAAAGAUGCUUGUUUAUCGACUGAAUCUAGAAAUAAGAACUUAUCCAUCGAUCAUACAAAACAUUCAAAAUCAUCAUCAUCUAACUCUCAUCAUCAUUUACGUAAACAUAAAGUCAAUAAUUAUGAAUCUAUUUGUGCAUCUAAUAAUAGUAUUAAUAACACGAGUAAUAAUAGCAUUUCAAAUUCUGAUUAUCACACUGUCAGUGGCCAUUCCAUAGGUCAACGUAGUAUAAGGCAACAACGUGAAGUCGCUUAUAAAAUUGAACAUCCUAAUCGUUUACAUCCUGAUAUUUGGCAUAAUGAAGCUAACGAGUUCAAUGAUGGUCCAGCUUGUUCUUGUAAACCGAAAUAUCGUAUUGGACCAUUACACAAUCAAUACGAAGGUGAACAGCCCAUUCCGCUAUGUAUUCCAGAAUCAAAUAAUCAUGAUCGUCUUUAUCAUUAUCGUGUGAUUAUAUCACCGACAACUAAUUUUGUUCAACCAAACCCAUCGAAAAUUACUCAUAAUGAACAUGAUUAUCUAUUCGAUGGUUUCUCACUGUUUAUGCAUUAUAAAUUAGAUAAGCCACCUCCAUGUCAAGUUCUACGUUUCAAUCUGUUAUAUGAUAUUUUCCCGAUUGAAGAGGAAUUCCCUCAGUAUUUUACUGUUCGUUCAUUAGAUCUACUCACACAAUAUGUAUUCAUAGAAUUACUGGAGUUGUUAGAUUUAAACUGGAAACCAUAUGGAGCAAAGGAGAGCUGUAAUGUGAUACAUUUAAUGCCAAGAUUUAUACGUAUUUUGUCAAAUACUGCUACUACUACCAAUGAUAAUUUUUCGAUUACAAAUACUGCCACUACUACUAACAAUAGUAUUUCAAUAGAUAACAGUAAAGAACAUAAUAUCGAGUCAAAUAAAUUAAUCGUUUGUAUCGACGAUAGUAGUGAUAAUAAAACAGUAAUUGGGGAAUUACUACCCGUUCAUGUAAUAAUGCGACACUGGUUAAAAGAGGCACUGACUCCGGUAAUUAAUAUGAUGGAAUUAUCUUCAAUACAGCGUAUGACUACAAUUGAAUGGUCAAAUCAUAUCGCUAAUUUACGAGGCACAUUAGCUUGCUUUCCAGGCAAAAAACCAUCAACUAUACGCAUAGAUCAAUUAGAUCGUCAAUCUGUAACAGGUCAAUCAAAUGAAACCAUAUUAAUUUAUCCACUCAUAGUACACAUGACUUAUACACCAAUGAAAUUAAGUUUAACGCGUGAACCAAAGUAUAAAUCUGUACUUAAAAAUUUUAUGAAAUUACAAUAUUUAAUGAUGAAUAAGCCAAGAAUUAGUACUUCUGAUCGUGUACAGUUGGUACAAUUAGCCAGUGAAUUAGAAGAGAUGGAGCAUUCUGGGGUACAUCGACGUGAAGUUACUGUAGAGAUUAGUUGUGAAGGCUUUUAUCGAACUGGAAUACGACCAGAUAUACCACAAUAUGCAUUGAAUUUAGUCUCAUUAAUAGCUCACCUACGUUUUCAUAAAUCGUUGGAAAGUUUGGAGAAUCGUUUGGGAUAUACAUUUAACGAUAAGUCUUUACUACAUCAAUCCCUUACUCAUCCGUCAUAUCGGCGAACAAAUUUCGGUACAAAUCAAGAUCAUUUUCAAAAUUCAUUGGUUAGUUGCGGUCCACGUAUUUUAGAAUAUGGUGAUAAGCUAGAAUUAUACAAGGCAUGGCGUAAAAAGGGUUUAACUAAAAUGAUACAAGUUAUGUCAUUUUUACCAAAAAUGAACGAAGAACGAUCGAAUAUUUAUGGGAAUGAACGAUUGGAAUUUUUAGGCGAUGCAGUUGUUGAAGUUAUCUCCAGGUAGUGAGUUAAAUAAUUUGAAUUGUUGGUUAACUUCAACUCGUAAAUCUUUGAAAACCAAGGGCGUGUAGCCUCAGGACUAUUUCUGUUCUAUCCAAUUUAUGUGGGAUAUUCCGACAGUGCAUGCCCACGACCUCCACCCAAUAAGUAGUUAUAAAAGUAGGAUGGAACAGCUGUCUAUCCCCAGUGCUCGUUGGUUUUCAGUGGUUUGCCUGCUGAGGUUAAUCUGUAUCAAAAACUUUCAAAUUUAGUCAAUUGACGAUUUUACAUAACAUCUAUUUAUUUGGUUAUUAUUUCAUACGUUUUUUUAUUCCUUCUUUUCAUUUAUUCUGCUUGGAAUUUAUGUUCCCUCUCUGUCUCUCUAAUAUUUGACUUUUUACUUUCACCUGGACUUCUUUGUUACUUUCCUCUUAGUUUGUUAAUAUCUGAGCUGGGAUCACCGGGUAAGUAAUAGCGAGGUUAGACGCAGGGUAUUAGGGAAUGAUGGUAAAUCAGUUGAUGAGGUUAUGAAUCUUCAUCGACUGAGAUGGUUGGGCCACGUAUUACGUAUGCCUGAACACCGAUUACCACGACGUGCAAUGCUAACCGGGGUAGGGGAUGGUUGGAAGAAAGUUAGGGGCGGCCAAACCAAAACGUGGCAUCAGUGCCUGAAGUCACUAACUUCUAAUCUGAGCCACGUUGGUAGAUGCAGACUACUUGGUUGGGGUCCGCGUGACUUUCGUAACCAAUGGUUGGAGACUCUUGGUGACAUGGCUCAGAAUCGAUCACAAUGGCGUCGGUGUAUACACUCCCUGUCUUCCCUUAAACUAAGAGACUAAAAUCACUUCAUUCUUUCUGUCUACGAACUAAUUCUUUCUUCCUAUACUAUAUCCUUAUUGCAACCUUUGACCUAACCACUCCUAUGAAUCCGGUGUUCAUCUUGCUGUGCUAAUGAGGUAUGGCAACCUGGACCGAUGCACAUAUGUGCCUGGUCCUACGUUGUAGCUGACUGACUGACUGUUAAUAUCUGAACUUAACUCAUGAGAUUAGUAUCCUGUCCAGACAUUUCAUUCUUUGGUUUCAUUUACACUCUUUACUGAAAUUUACUUUUCAUAUUUAACAAUUUACUACAAUUGAUAUUAUCAUGAUUAUUAUAUUCCGCUACGUUCCUAACCUUGAUGAUUUCCUCAUUGUAAUUGGGUUGAUUUGAAAUGAGACAUGUUGGAUUGGUAUUCAUCUGUCGCGUCAGGUUAUACGUUGUUUAUGUGACUUACUUAUUGAUUGCUCAUGAAGAUUAUUAUUGUUGUUGUUUAGAUAACUGGUCGUUGUCUGUUAAUUGUUCAAUAACGAUUCGUUUUUCAUGCUAGCUCACUGAACUGAUGGCUUUGAGUUCGAUUUUUUACGGGACUGUGUAUACAAACUACUGGAAGGUAGGUGUCCAAUAAUACUAGGACGAAAUAAUUGUGUUCUGUACUCCAUGAUUUUCAACAUUACAUCUUAAUCGAUGUCAUUCCGUGGCGCGCAGUCACUCAGAAGGCGAAUUGAUUUUAACAAGACUCUUUCAUCUAAACUGUUAAUAGUCAGCUCACUAGUUGUUUACUUCUAAAUGUUCCUGAAAUGUGACGUGAUCGAUGGAGUCCAGGUAUCUCAGGAGUAAAGCAGUUCCUACCAGUGGCAUUGGAUGGUGGGGUAGCCUCGCUGCAUCGUGUAUUAAUUGAGGUCAAAAUUUUAUUAUUAGCCACCGGUUCUCUGAUUCUGGUGGUCUAGUAUUCGUUUCAACACAUAAAAGUCAUGAAUCUGAUUGCUAGUGUGGUCCUGGAUGCAUACUGCUGAAAAACCCCUCUUUGUUUUAAUAGCUAUGAUUUUUUUUCUUAGGAAUAUUGCUUUUAGAUAGUCUCCUUUUUCCUCCACUUACCCUCUUUUUCCCUUUUUCUGUUUAUAUGUAUCUGUAUGUCCGUUUGCAGUAUCCACUUAUUCUUCAUGUUCCCUGAAUUAUCCGAAGGUCAUUUGGAUGCAUACCGUCAAGCCAUCGUUCAAAAUCAACAUUUAGCUGAAUUAGCUGUUGUAAGUUUAAUCAUCGAACACUUAAUGAUUUAAUCACCCAGUCAUAAACGACAGAAUUCAGCACAUGUGUUCAUCAAUUCAAGUUGUUAACAUGGCGAGCUGAAACUAUCAAGAUAAAUCUAACAGUAGUAAGAGUAAUAUUAAUGGUAGUGUUAUUGGUAGGAGAAAACACUAGGCAUAUACAAUAUAGUUCGAGAAUAAACAACCAAUUUGUCUAAUAAAAAAUAUAAUUAUCUUCAGAUAAAGAGGGAAUUCAUAUGCGUCAUUACGAUCGAUGAGACAUGUUACCUAAACUUUUCUAACAUUUGGUCACGGUAUUUGAGCAAACUGCAAUCAGGCGAAUUUCACCUACUAUUAUGACCCAGCUAACUACUCUUAUUGUGUGAGCGAGAGAAAGUAUUGAUUGGUUGUUUACGUAGAUAGACUGGUAGAUAAUCUGAUAGGUAUUAGGUGUGUCAUGUAUAUAUUUCCCUACCUCUUGUACUUAAUUGAUUGUCUGGUAAAUCACGUGUUAUUGAUUUGAGUUGUGUUAAUGCCUGGAAGAAUAAUGCUGGCUGGGUAUCCAGCAUAGAGCACGAGUGGAUCGUUUAUGCAGAUAAAUCGUUCAGUGCUCAUCCUAAGCAAAUUAGUGUUCAUUCAGGGAGAAAUCUGAGCGUUAUUUCAACUCGAUAGAAUGAUACCAAAUAUAUUAAUGUAUAUUCUUCCAAUUACAUCGGAACGAUUGUUGUCUAAAGUGAUAAUUCGCUUUAUAGGAUUGAUCCUCCAGUGUUAAGUGAAUGUAAUUCAGAAAAAAAAAACUAUUAUCCAACUGAGUUAGUAAUAUAUAUUACAAAAAGAAUCGAAACAGUAAUUUAUUUAUGUACAAAAUAUUCAACUACUAUUUUUGUACCAUCAGAUAAAUAUCAAUAAAAAUUAAAGUUACAAACUAACUAGUGAUUAGUGCCUCAAUUAGUAACAGGAAACUUAUUUGGAACUUGUCUCUCAGAAUAUAACCAAUCACAUAACACCAAAUUGUUAUACUUAUCCAAAAAGGGUGAGUUUAAAUUAACAUCGCAGACAGUAAGUUUGUCACCUAGGUGCAACAUUUAUGUGAUAAUCA